AUGGAAGCAGCAAACCAAACGGACGCAUCCCACUUCCUCCUCCUGGGACUCUCCGAGGAUCCGGACAUGCAGCCCCUCCUCUUCGGCAUGUUCCUGUCCAUGUACCUGGUCACUGUGCUGGGGAACCUGCUCAUCAUCCUGGCCAGCAUCUCUGACCCCCACCUCCACACGCCCAUGUACUUCUUCCUGUCCAACCUGUCCUUCACAGACAUCUGCUUCACCUCCACCACCAUCCCCAAGAUGCUGGUGAACAUCCAGACGCAGAGCAAAGCCAUCUCCUACCUCGGGUGUCUCACGCAGGUCUACUUUUUCAUGUUAUUUGCAGGACUGGACAACUUCCUCCUGAGUGUGAUGGCCUAUGACCGCUUUGUGGCCAUCUGCCACCCCCUGCACUACAUGGCCAUCAUGAACCCCCGCCUGUGUGCCUACCUAGUUCUUAUGUGCUGGUUGGUCAUUUUCUGGGUUGCCCUGUUUCAUAUCCUCCUGAUGGCACAGUUGACCUUCUGCGUGGGCACCGAGAUCCCACAUUUCUUCUGUGAACUGGCUCAGGUGCUCAAGGUGGCCUGCUCGGAUAUCCUGGUCAAUAGCGUUGCCUUGUAUGUGUCCACUGCACUUCUGGGCAUGAUUCCACUCGGGGGCAUCCUCUACUCCUACUCUCAGAUCGUCUCCUCCCUAAUGCGCAUGUCCUCCAGUAAGGGCAAGUACAAAGCCUUCUCCACCUGUGGCUCUCACCUCUCCGUGGUCUCCUUGUUCUAUGGCACUGGACUGGGUGUCUACUUGAGUUCUGCAGCGACUGACAUUUCCAUGAAGAGUGCCGUUGCCUCGGUGAUGUACACGGUGGUGACCCCCAUGCUGAACCCCUUCAUCUACAGCCUGAGGAACAAGGAUGUCAAAGGGGCACUGGGCAGGCUCCUCAGCCAGGCAGUCAUAUGUCAGUGA